AUGGCAGAGAGUGGAAACAAUUGGGUGCAAGGAUGCGAGGAGGAUGCAAGCGGAGGUGGCAGAGCCCUCCUGGACCCCCACAGUCCAGAUGUUGUCCGAAACUCACUUGGGACAAAGCGACAUCUUGCACGAGGGAUUGUUAUUCAGCUGACAGGAACAGAGGGAGAGUGGAGCAGUCUUGAUGAGAGUGAGCUCAUCUUCUCGCUUGAUCAUGAUGAGUACUAUUCAUCAGUGUCUCAUUCGAGUCAGAAGCAGAUCUCCAGUGAUGAUAACAGUGGAUCACAGUCCCAAGAGUUCCACGUUCCACUUUCACCCUCGUCUCCUGGUUCUUUGGGUAAUUUCUCCGCCAUGGGCCCCACGUUUCUCUCCCCAGGCCCUUCCUCACCCACUCAUCGGCCCUUGGCUAAUCUGGUAAAGUCGCUAUCUACAGAGUUGGAGUUCAGGGAAGGCUCCUCCCUCAGGCCAAAACCCCUUCUCAACCUUGUGAAGUCGAUCUCUACCGAGCUCUCCCGUUCUGAGCCGGAGGUGUCACAGUCGAAAUCAGACUCGCGCCUCAACCUCCACCUGUUGAAGCAUCUUACACAGCCCAAGAACAGAAGUGGUGGGGACUCUCGGACAGCACCGCCGUCUCCCAGCACGCUUUCUCCAAGUGGAGAUGGUCUCAAAGGCGGCUUCUUCAAAAUGGAACUGGAGGACACCAAAAGGAAACUCUCGGAAGCGGUCCAUGAGCCACUGAGCACUAUGUUCAACAAAAUCAGGAGAGAAGAGAGCACAGGCAGCCCUAAACACUGUAAGACCACCCAGGUCAUUUCCAGAGGUUUAGGCCGCGACAGUAGCACAGACACAGGAGUCUCAGAGUCUCCAGUCAAGACUGGUGGCAGGACAGAUGGUGAUGUUUUCGACUGGCCUUCAGUCAGGUAUCUUGGGAGAACCCCACGCAGGAGCUGCCCUGUGCAUCACUGCAAACAUUUCAGUGAUGAAGAACAAGGAUUUUAUUCAGAUAGAGACACCAUGCAGUUUUUUCCCAUCGAAACUCACCAACAGGUCAGGAAACCCACCAAGGUUGCAUCUUUAAGGACAUAUCCGCUUCACACAACCAAUCCUCCACCAUGUAUGAGUUUAUUCUGUGUGGCAAUACUAUCCUACGGUUAUUUUACCGUACCUCUGAAUCCAUAUUUUUCUGGCCUGGCUCUUGGGCUGGCAAUGGGUUUCUUGCUCGGACUCUUGCUGAUCAGAAUGGGAUCAUCAAGGUCCCUCUGUUCAGCUUCUCCCAACAGAUCACAGUUGGGGAUUCUGAGAAGUUGCUCCACUCAGUCCGACAUCCUCAAGGGUUGGAUGAAUGAGAUUCAUGAUUACUGCCCCGAGACCCAUCACCCUGCACAAAGUCACUCCGUGUUUGCCACACUAGAGGGAUCCUGUCUCCAGCUCGACACCCCACAGUCUAACAUCAACCGCAGGGCCACGUACAACGAGAGAAUUAAUGAGUCCACGUUCAUAAAAACGCGCUCCUAUCAACUGGGAAAGAGCAAAGUAAUCUUGCUGCCAUCUGCAUUGGCACGUAAGCGUCUGUGGAACCCCAAAUAUCCGAUCUGCAUCCAGCUGGCCAGCGGCGUGAAUUCCCAAGAGAAAGCCGGACAAAGGUUGGAGGAGAGUCAGGAUGAGGAUGAGGAGCCAAGAACCACAUCCGCAAGUUCAUGUCAGGGUUUCGCUGAACCCACUCGUGAACCACCUACAACUCUUUACCUCUUUGGACGCACAGGGAGAGAGAAGGAGGAGUGGUUUCAUCAUUUCAUGCUUGCAUCCACCAAUGCAGAUCGAGAAACAGACCGGGAGAAGUCAAGGCCCGGCAGAUGUGUGCCUCGAUCAGGUGACCCAGUACUGUCGCAGAGUAUCAGCGGCCACGGCGAUAUCCCAUGCAGCAGAGGCUCCAGCAGAGUGGGCAGCAGUGAAGACGAUGCCCCCUCCACGCCCGGACUUGCUCUCAGUCAGCCCUCCUCCAACAGCAGCAGCAGCAGCACCACCACCAGGGGCCUUUUACUGCUUGACUACCCCGGGUAUAUGUCUCAUCUUUUGGCUACGGAAGACUCACUCCUGCUCUCCAGCCCUGGACUUGGCAGCACAGAGAUGAGCCCCAAACUUAAAGGAAAUUGUACCUGUGAUCUGGUGGAGUACGCUGGGAGGGGUCCGCCUGCGUGGCUCAAUGCUCUGAUUGGUCGAAUCUUUUGGGACUUCUUGAGGGAGAAGAGCUGGGCUGACAUGGUUUCCCACAAGAUCCAGAAGAAGCUCAGCAAAAUCAGGCUGCCUUAUUUUAUGAAUGAACUGACCCUGACUGAGCUGGAUAUGGGUUGUUCCAUCCCGCAAAUCAUUUCUACCUCCCAGCCAGAAGUUGAUCACAGAGGCCUGUGGGUGGAGCUGCAGCUGGCCUACUAUGGCACCCUGCAGAUGACCCUGCAAACCAAAUUCAACCUGUCCAAGCUGGGUAAAGAAGGCGGCCAGGACACAGAUUGUUUGACGGAAACGGGAAGCACGCGCUGCAGACCGGUUGCAAGUGUGCUCGCAGACAGUGAUGAGGAGUCCUCCAGUGCUGGUUCAUCUGAUGACGAGGAGGUUCUCCUGGCUGACCCUCAGGGCCCCGCUGGCGAAAAGGGCUUUUCAUCAGCAGCCGAGGGGACUGGGGGUGGAAGGACCGGAAGGAAGAUUUUGAGAUUUGUGGACAAAAUCGCAAAAUCCAAAUGUUUCCAGAAGGCGACAGAGAAUGAGUUCAUCAAGAAGAAGUUUGAGGAGAUGUCAAACACGCCCCUGCUGCUCACAGUCGAGGUCCAAGAGCUUUCAGGGUCCCUGGUUGUAAACAUCCCUCCACCCCCUACUGACAGGAUAUGGUAUAGUUUCUGCAAACCACCCAAGCUGGAUCUGCGUGUCCGACCCAAACUAGGCGAGAGGGAGGUGACAUUAUGUCACGUGACUGAAUGGAUUGAAAAGAAACUACAGAAUGAGUUCCAGAAAGUGUUCGUGCUCCCAAACAUGGAUGACAUCUACUUACCCAUGAUGGAAUCUGGCGUGGACAGCGCCCGUGCGUCGGAGCAUCUGUCCUCUCAAUUCCCGAGCUCCGCCACUGAGUCCGCAGAGCGCUUCCCGCAAGAGGUCACGUCAACAGAGUCCAACUGUAGUACUGCACUGGUGAAAUAAUAAGUGAGAGGAAUCUGUGUCAUAACAUAUUGACCACAUGACAUUCUCCAAAUUGAAUAUUGGAUAACAAAAUGCAUUUAUGAAGGAGCCCAUUUGCUAUGCUGGACUGUGUCGACUCCUC